CUCUUCCAGCAGUUGAGGGAAGUGAGAUAGAUUGAGUCUUUGGUUGGUAGAAGGAAGAGCAGAAGGGGGAGAUGGAAAACAGACUCACUCAACUAAACUGAAGAGAGAGAGGGGUGAGAGAAGGGGGAGGAAAUAUCAUCUCACCAAGGAUGCAAACGAUCCUGAACAUUCGACUCAGUGUUGUCCAGCCACGAGCACCUAAAAACCAAACUCUCAAUAACCAUCAAGGACAUCAAUUGUGAAGUGAAUAGGAACAUAUUGAUAUGAAUCGUAACAGUUCAAGUGGAUGAUGGUGAAGUGAUUCUGCGAUUGGAUAUAUAAUUAACAAGUUGAUUUGUCGGGACCUAAAGGUGGUCGUGGUAAUCACGAAUCCAAAUAGUUUGUUGAUAAUUACGAGGAGUCUAGAUCUCCAGAUCGUCUGGGAUUGGGUAAUUUGGUGACAAGUUGAUGCGAUGACAUUGCGGUUGAAUUGCCAAAGGAUUUGAUUGUAAACUCGUGGUAGCAUCCCCAUUGACAGUUGGACUGUCACUCGUAGUUGUCUUCUUUAGUCAGUCGAGUUAAUAAAAAGUUCUGCAAUUGAUCUGGUGACAAAUUUCAUUUGAAAUUAUUAUGCGCGUAGCGAGAUGGUGUGCUCCGUGACUAGUGCUGAGGAAAUCCGUGACAGCGGUGCUACAGAGACCGAAAGAUUGAAGGAUACGUCUCAGCUCGUUGGCACUGGAUUACUGAUUGACAGUAUGUCAUCGCUUAGUGAUUCACAUCGUCGUAAUGGUCACAUUGAUGCUGGUGAUAGGAGUUCAUCAGCUGGUUCAUCCCUGGGAUCAUGUUCACCACCACCAGCAUCAAGUCAUUCACCACCACCACCAAGACCACCAUGGCUCCAUGAUUUUCAUGCAGCAGCAUCACCGCAUGUUCUACAGUUUCUGAAUCUCAGUGCUGGUGCUGGAGGAAUGCUGGGGAGUCAGCCGUUGGCUGCAUUGCACUCGAUGGCUGAGAGGAGUCAUCAGCAGAAUCAGCAUCUUCAGGUGCAGCAGGGACUGCAGAGGCAGCAGCAGAUGCAUUUGCCGGGUGGUACUGUAUCAACACCACCACAGGGACAAUCGUCACCUACUGGGAGUGGAAAGCAUAGUCCAGCUACGUCGAUUACGUCCGUCGGUAGUAAUCCACAUGGUAUUGAUAAUAUUCUGUCAAGACCAGCUGCUGCACAUCCACAGGCACCAGUAUCUGCUGCACAUGCAUUGGCACCAGCAUCAACUCAUCCACAGCAUCUCACGGCUCCGAGAUAUGCUAUGCAUGCGGGAUUCACCGCAUCUACGGGUCUCGGGCAGUUUCAGCAGAGGACAGAGGCCCGUCAUCCCGCGGUUUAUUGGCCCGGUCUUCAGGGACUCGUCAGCGAUCCUCUAGCGUGGCGGGCCAGGUUGCACUCAUUAUCACAGCAGCUGGGAUGUCAACAAUCUAUGGCAGGAGCAGCGGGUGGAGCUGGUAGUGAUCACGAUAAUGGGAAGAAAAAGCACACGAGGCCGACCUUCAGUGGACAGCAAAUUUUUGCGUUAGAAAAAACGUUUGAACAGACCAAAUAUCUCGCUGGGCCCGAGAGGGCCAAGUUGGCAUAUGCAUUAGGAAUGUCUGAGUCACAAGUCAAGGUAUGGUUUCAAAACAGAAGGACCAAAUGGAGGAAGAAACAUGCAGCCGAGAUGGCAACCGCCAAGAGACGACAGGAGGAGGUUGAGGGGGUAGUUGGGGAGAAUGAGGAUGGGUGCAGUGACGGUGAGACUGAGACGAGCGGUGAGACAGCCGCCAAGAGGCUCAGACGUGAGCUGGAGCAGCAGUACGGACCGUGAGGAAAGAUGAGGCACGGGGGUGGAAGGCGUGGCCAUGGACUAUAGGGGCGGUUACGUUGUGUAGGGCGCGAGGGUGCACUGGGCGUUCAGUGAGGGUGAGCUACCGUUGGUAUUCCCCUCUGGACGGAGAGGAAUUGCCGAACGAGAGGGAAAACCGAGCCCUUUUUUUUCAAAACGUUGAUACUACCCUCACCCCCUCCCUUAAGUUCCGUUUUAUUCCGGUCUUUUUAUUUUCUAUUUUCAUCCCUCUCGACCUGUCUCUCAUCCCGGUGGAUUUUUACGCGCGAUACUGCCGGCGAAAAAGGCCAAUGACGGGGAAAAUCUGCCGCAAAAUCAUCGCGAAGUCAGUGCAAUAAUUAUUUCUUUCGUACGUUUCGAUUUUUUAAGAGGGGGAGGGGUGGAAUGGUAAAUUUUUUAGUUGGUCUAGGGGAUGAAUUUGGAGGAUGGAAUAUUUUCAAGGGAAAUUUUUUGAUUUGACGGAGAGAAAUAUUUAGGAAAAAUUGCGUAACUAUUAACGUUAGAUAAUUCAGAAACGAGCGAAAUUUUGAAAUAUUUUUUGGCGGGAACGGACGAGAAUAAUUUCGAAAUGGCCUGUAAGUUGUCUGGGCCUCGUCAAGUUUAAUUGCAAGUCCCAGAACUAUUGCAGCUCGGAUAAAUGUAUUGGGGAUAUUUUUUAAGUUUUUUUUGGUACUGACUGAAUAUUUCUCUUCGUGUAAUGAAAUUUCUAUUUUUUUUUGGUUUAAAAAAUUUAAUGGGAAUCAAAUCUCAUGGGAAGUUGAAAAAAUUCUGCAGAUUUUGCUCCAGAAGUCUUCAAGUUUUUGUAGAAAAUUGAGUUCAUCAAAUAAAAUGUUUUUUUCUACAUAUUUUGUAUUAUUGCGGAUUUUUGUAUUAUAUCCGCAAAUAUUCAGUAUUUGCGGAUAAUGAGUAAUUAUUUUGAGUGAAAUAUGAUUGGAAAAUAAUUUCGUACUAAUGCCCUACUGGGCUCAUUCGAUACAAAAAUUCCGUUGACAAAUUUUUAGUAAAAAAAUAUUUCUUCUUCGAAAACUUGAAAAGAGUGAAAUUUAAUUCUAAAUUUAAAAAAUACUAAAAAUCUCACUCCACAAAUUUUCCACCAAAAAAAAUCUCAAUCAUUUCCUCGUUUACUUAAAUCAAUAAACAACGGUUGAGUUCAAUUAAAUCAUUAAUUUUCAUAACAUUUAACUCAGAAAUAAUGAACAAAAAAAUCACGUUCGAAAACUUGAAGACAAUUAAUCCAAUUUUCAUUGUUAUUUCAUCAAAAUUACUUAAUUAACACUUUAAUUUUUAUUUUUUAAUUUCUAUCAAAUGAAAAUUGUUUCCUCUAUCCCCGUCAACGACACCAGUGAAAGAAUUAUUAUUAAAAUCCAGAAUAAAAUUUUAAUUUACCUCCCAACAACUUCCCUUAUUUCAUUCGAUCUCGUCAAGUUUUCCUCUAAAAUUAUCUUGACAUAAUUAAAUUGUGUUCUACCCAAAAAACGGACCGAUUGUUACAUAAUUUGGGUAGUCCAUCAAAUUUCUUCCUUCAACUGAAGAAAAAAAAAAAACACUUGUAUAUUCUGUAGAUAAAAAUGAUAACCGUGAUUGUGAUAUUUGGCGUUUUAAAUGCAACCCUUGAUGUAAGUAGACGUAGGCAACAGUUGUAAUAUUAAUAAUGAUCUCGCGCAAGGAAAACAAAUUAUUCUACUGAUUGUUUUUUUGGAGGAACAAAAACCCAACAAGUAUUAUUACUGAAUCGUACACGCUGAGAAAAUGUUUUUCAUGGUGAGUGAAAACGAUAGAUUAUACACGAAGAGAAAAGCCUGAAAAAUUACUGAACCGGUGACUAAAAUCGAGGUGCAAAAUGGUAAAAAACAGAAAUGUAUUUUCCUCACAUAUAAAAAUUCCUACCACUACCGUAAAUUUUUUAAUCAAUUUUGUAAUUAAUGAUAUGUGGCUUCAUAAAAUCUACUAAACAACACCAUAAAAUUUGAAGGUCAACCAUUAUUUAUUUGAGAUUAAAUAAAAAAUUGCUAGAAAUUUUUUAAAAAUUCCUAUCUGGGUCAGUUCAUGUUAUUGGGCCUUCCCCGAGGUCGAUACAGAAGUUUUCCUAAGCCGAUAAAUAAAUUUUACUAUGCGACAUAGUAAUUUUUCUCAGGUCUGCAGUUUGCGCCGAAAUUAUGAGGCGACACAGUAAUUUCUAUCGAAAUCACGGGAUUAAAAUUGUUGGAUUAUUCUCUUCGUGUACCUGUAUAGCUCGACCUGCACCGAAGGUCGACGUAAAAUAUUGAGAGAAUGGGCUAAACUCAUUAUUUAUAUAUCCAACUGUACAGUAACAUUCGUUUAACACCAUUGGGCUAUGAAAUUUUAGCGACAAUCUGUAUAAAAGAAUUACAAGGAAUUUAAGAUUAAUGAAAUAAAGACACUGUAUAAAUUAUACAUAAAUGUUACUCAUCGCUUGUGUAUUAUAUCUCUGAUUUAAUAAAUGGCAUGAUAUCCAAUCAUA